UAUAGCCUCUCGGCGCUGGUGCUAGGGACCGCGGCAGGCCGAGAGGGAGGCGAGCGUGGUCCGAGGGGACAAGUCCGGGCAGCGCUCGGGCAUUGGCACCAGUUCGCGCACUCAUUCAAGCGGCACCCGUCCCAGCCCUUCUCGCUGACCGCGCCAGCUGCGUCUUCGGCCGCUGCCGUAUCCUGAGCUCAUCUGCAAACGUCCCGGAGUCGGUCCUCACCAUGCCUAGCCUUUGGGAUCGCUUCUCGUCGUCCUCCUCCUCUUCGCCUUCGUCCUUGUCCCGGACGCCCACCCCAGAUCAGCCGCCGCGCUCAGCCUGGGGGUCGGCGGCCCGAGAAGAGGGGCUCGGCCGCUGCGCGAGCCUGGAGAGCUCGGACUGCGAGUCUCUGGACAGCAGCAACAGCGGCUUUGGGCCGGAGGACGACUCGGCAUACCUGGAUGGGGUGUCCCUGCCUGACUUUGAGCUGCUCAGCGACCCCGAGGACGAGCACCUGUGUGCCAACCUGAUGCAGCUGUUGCAGGAGAGCCUGGCCCAGGCACGACUGGGCUCGCGGCGCCCCGCGCGCCUGCUGAUGCCCGGCCAGCUGGUGAGCCAGGUGGGCAAAGAACUGCUGCGUCUGGCCUACAGUGAGCCGUGCGGCCUGCGGGGGGCGCUGCUGGACGUCUGCGUCGAACAGGGCAAGAGCUGCCACAGCAUAGGCCAGCUGGCCCUCGACCCCAGCCUGGUGCCCACCUUCCAGUUGACCCUAGUGCUGCGCCUGGACUCACGCCUCUGGCCCAAGAUCCAGGGGCUGUUUAGCUCCGCCAACUCCUCCUUCGUCCCUGGCUUCAGCCAGUCCCUGACGCUGAGCACCGGCUUCCGAGUUAUCAAGAAGAAGCUGUACAGCUCCGAACAGCUGCUCAUUGAGGAAUGUUGAACUUGGGGUCUGGGGGGCCGACACCGACCCCACAGCAGACAACUGAACUUUGGGGGUGGACAUUGGCAGGCAGGAGCUGAGGAGCUGCUGCCUGUUAGUUAGAGAACUGACAACAGCCCCUUGAGGGGAGGAAGGGGAGGAGGGGGAGGAAGCGUCUCCCGGGAAGCUCACUGAGGUGUAGAGGUGGCUUCUCUUGGUGGGCACGGGCUUGCCCUCAGUACUGUAGCAUGAAACAAAGGUUUAGGGGCCGACCGGGCUUCUGGCUGGAUGUGUAUGUAGCAUGUACCUUCUUUUUAUUGUUACCGACAGUGAAGACAACAGUGGUGUGACGGCCAGGAGAGCAGCUGGGCUGCACUGGCCUCUGCAAUUGCAAUCCGUGUGUGCUCAAGGUAGCUGGCCCUGGGGGGAGGGGGAGGUCCUCGAGGUGUUUUGUGUAUCUCAUGGUCGGAAGGGGCCAAAUGUGUGUGUUCUUUGUUUUUGCAUCUUUUGUUUUUUUUGACCGGAGCUUCACUACUGACCUGUUCUAGGCAGCUAUCUUACAGACGCAUGAAUGUAAGAGUAGAAAAGGGUGGGUGUUGGGAUCACUCGGGGGAUCUUUGACACUUGAGAAAAAAAUACACCUGGGAGCUGCGCUUGUCCCACCCCGAAGUGUACGGAAGAGUUUAUCUGUGAGUGGUGGGGCUGAUGGGGGUGGGGGCUGGCACCCCUGCCCCAGAGGAGUGCCAUCUGGGUCUUCCAUCUAGAACUGUUUACAUGAAGAUACUCCCUGUUCAUGAAUACACUUGAUGUUCAAGUAUUAAGACCUAUGCAAUAUUUUGUACUUUUCUAAUAAAAAAAAGUGUUUGUUAAAA